AUGCCACCCACGACACUGUACACCAGCAGGAGGGCCCUUUUCACGCUGGCGCUGGUCAUGCUGCUCAUGGCAGCGUCAGCGGAGGCGGGGCCUUUUUCUCUGCUCAAGAAUAUCGGCGCAUCGUACCAGCGAGGUGACGUGGUGCCGGUGAUGGUCAGCCCGCUCACGUCCAAGACAAAGGUGAUGCCGAUGCCGUGGAGGUCCCUCAAGCGCUGCGUCCAUGAGGAGAAGAAACGGAAGCGGCGACGCAACAUUGGCCAGUUGCUCUUCGGUGAUCAGCUCGAGGAGUCGCCCUAUGAGGUGAAUGUGCUGGAGAACAAGGCCUGUGCGGUUCUCUGCACCGUAAAGAUGAAGAAAAACGAUCAGAAGUACCUCAUUAAACUCAUCGACGGUCGUUACCGUGGUAACAUGUACAUUGAUGACUUGCCCGGCGUAGAGAACAUUGUUCUUUCCAAGGGCAACCGCCGCAUCAAAACUGGGUUUAGUUUGGGGUCGCCGUCUCUUUCACCCACCUCGCGCGUGCCGUUUGUGAACAACCACCUCGUAUUCACCAUCUCAUACCACCCGGUGGAGGUGCCGUUUGAGAUGGAUGCGCAGUCGUACCGUAUUGUGCACUUCCAGAUCUCCGCCAAGAGUGUGCAGCACCCCAGCGGUGUAUGCAACGCCACCAACCUGGUCGCCGGCAACCCCCAAUUCGCCUCCGACGAUGAGAUUACAUACACGUACAGUGUGCAGUGGGUAGAGUCGGAGUUGACAUGGUCGACGCGAUGGGAUGUGUUCAUGAAGAUGACAGGCAAGGAGGCACAGAUCCACUGGUUCAGUAUCGUCAACUUCUUCUUAGUCACGCUCCUGCAGACGCUGGCACUAUGGUACGUACUGAUUCGUGCGCUGCGCCGCGAUCUAACGUACUACAAUGAGGCGGACUUGGAGGAGGAGAAGGAGGAGACCGGCUGGAAGCUUGUGCACGGCGACGUGUUCCGCCGGCCUCGCGGCGUCGGGUUGCUCUCCAUCUGCGUCGGCACAGGCGUUCAGCUGGCAAUGAUGGCAGGCUCCGCACUCUGCGUUGCGUGUAUGGGCUUCAUUUCUCCUCAGAGCCGCGGGGCGCUUGCCACCACACUGAUCUUCCUCUUUGUGCUCUUCAGCUUCCUUAAUGGACUUGUCACGGCUAUGCUGAUCAGAUACUUUAAGAUGCGCUCGUGGAAGAUUAUCUUUGCUACCAGCAUCUUCUACCCAGCCCAAAUGUUCCUAGCGUACAUUGUACUCAACUUCAUUCAUCUCGGAAAUAAUGCUGCCAGUACGGCCUCUGUUUCGGCACUCGUGCUUCUCCUGCUGCUGUGGCAGGGCAUUUCGACACCGCUGGUGCUGAUUGGUGCGGCGGUGGGCUUCAACAUCAACCUUGCGGUGCCGGUGAAGGUGAAUAACAUCCCGCGGACCAUCCCGCCCUCGCCGUGGUAUCUCGACUCUCCGCUAGUGAUAAUUCUGCCGGGCAUCGUGCCGUUCGCCGCCUCUCACGUGGAGAUCACUUACAUCUUUAGCAGUGUGUGGCAUGGGACGGUGUACUACAUGUUCGGCUUUCUCUUGGCCGUCUAUAUUCUGUCGAUGAUCAUCGCCGCGCAGACUGCGGUGUUCUCGACAUACAUUCAACUCAACCGACUGAACUACCAUUGGUGGUGGCGAUCGUUCCUGACAUCGGGCUCAUACGGUGUGUGGAUAUUUGCCUACAGCAUCUUCUACUACUUCCGCUACUCGACACUGAAGGGGAUCAUGAGCGCUGUGCUAUUCUUCGGCUACAUGGGGAUGGCGGCGUACACACUCUCUCUGCUUAGCGGCGCCAUUGGUUUCCUCGUCUCGUUCGUGUUUGUGAAGAUUAUUUACAGUAACGUCAAGGUCGACUAA